UUCCCACCCCACGGUUCCACAAACUAUGAGCAGUUAUCGUGCUGUCGUUUGCUGCGGUUUGCAGUGGCUUAUUGUUGUUUAUUUCGAAUUUUUGUCCAAUUUUUUUUUACACGAAACAAGACUGCCGUAAUUUCUUUAGCUAAGUGAAAUGUAGUGAAUCGUGGAAUUCUGGAAAAACUGUGGUAGUGAGCUUCGUCGUUGCUGUAAAAAGCAUUUUCUGCCUGCUACACAAGCUGGGAACGUCUUACCAGUCGCGACUACGGAGCUACGAGAUCUGUCCUGAACUAUAAAGCACUUACGUGCAGCAUAUGACUGCGCAUUGUUAGCGGGAACUAAGAAGUUGAAGCCGCGCUCCAGUCUUCCGGACGAACGUAAUCAUCGACCAAAAUGAAUUUUCUUGGAUUUGGGCAGUCUGCGGAGAUCGACAUCCAGUUGGAUGGCGCGGAUACCCGGAAAACGGGCGAAAUACGCGUCGAUGAAAACAGGAAAGAAAAGCUGCUGUUGUACUACGACGGAGAGAAUGUCUCUGGGAAGAUUGUGAUCACCCUUAAGAAGCAAGGCCAAAAACUGGAACACCAUGGGAUUAAAGUGGAAUUUGUGGGCCAAAUAGAGCUUUUCUAUGAUCGUGGCAACCAUUUGGAGUUCAUAUCGUUAACUAAAGAUUUGGCAAGACCCGGAGAACUUACAGAAAAUACGUCGUACAAUUUUGAGUUUGCCCAAGUGGAAAAGCCUUAUGAAAGCUACACAGGAAACAACGUGAAGCUGCGAUAUUUUGUUCGAGUGGUAAUUAGUCGACGGAUGUCGGACGUUGUGAAAGAGCAAGAUAUCCUCGUACAUACGCUUUCUUCCUAUCCGGAUAUUAAUAACAGCAUCAAAAUGGAAGUGGGGAUUGAAGAUUGUCUACACAUUGAAUUUGAGUACAACAAAAGUAAAUAUCACUUAAAAGACACGAUUGUGGGCAAGAUUUACUUCCUUUUGGUGCGCAUUAAGAUCAAGCACAUGGAGCUGGCUAUUAUUAAACGGGAACUGAGCGGCAACACUCCCUCACUCUUCCAGGAUUCCGAAACCAUUGCCAAAUUCGAAAUCAUGGACGGCGCUCCGGUGCGCGGUGAAAGCAUUCCUAUUCGGUUGUUUUUAGCGGGAUACGAUUUGACGCCGACCAUGAAGGAUGUGAAUAAAAAGUUUUCCGUACGAUACUUUCUGAAUUUAGUGUUGGUGGACGAAGAGGAGCGUCGGUAUUUUAAACAGCAGGAGAUUAUCCUGUGGAGAAAGGGUGAAAAACUGCGGAAAGGCCAAAUCGCACAGCCUACCAACGCCAUGCAGCAGUAUAAAGCCACGGAAGUGGUGCGCGGGAGCCCUCAAGAGGAUGAGGACAGCGAAGAUGAGGAUUCUUGAAUUCCGUAUCCUGCGGUCAUCCGUAGUCCGCUUUGCUCGGAGGCCCUGCUGUUUAGAUGUCUAAUGCUUCUUGCUCAGAACUAGAGUUCAUAUUAUUCCGGCUGAUUGGAAAAAUGUGGGCCUUAAUUAAUUAUUCCCUUUAUGUUAAUUUCCGUUCAACUCCCGACCUUCGAUUUUGUUAAUUUUUUAAUGGUUACAGCAUGCUUUCUUGUUAAUUUAUUGUAAUUUGAAAACCUUGUUCGAUGUUACAUGACGUCGUUGUUGACAACGUGCAUGGAAAUGGAUUUGUAGUUUGUGCUGUUUCAUUUGCUUUUAACCACAGUUUUAUCGCACCUUAUCAAGGCUAUCGUGAUUUCGUUAUAAACCAAAUAAAAAAUAUUGGGU